CGAGCGCUACCUGUCUUCGGAAAACAUCGCGUUUUUCCGGAGAGACGUUUCCGCGCGGCCGUCAGGGCGGCGCCGCGUUCGGAAGCGCUCGGGUAUUUCCGUGACCCCUCACGGGCCGGCGCGGUCGUUGGCGGGCGCACGCUUAGCCGAGGGCAGCACGGCCUCGCUGGCAGAGCCGCUCCCUCGGUGGGGAGGAAUCGCGAUCCUGCCAGGCAGAAGGCCAUUGCUGAAAGGGGACUUCAGGGAGUGAGUGCAGGAUGACUCAGCAGGGAGCUGUUCUUCAGGGUUACAAUAAUGAACUAGUGAAAUGCAUUGAAGAUUUAUGUAUGCAAAAAGAAGAACUGAACAAACAAAUCCAGCAAGCAGAAGAGGAAAAGAAUAAACUCCAGCAUGAAAUCCAAGUCCUCAGUGAACAGCUGGAGUGUGUAUGUGAAAACCUGGCCCAAAAAGUGGCUUCACGGAACGAGCUUGAUAAAAUACUUGCUGAAACUGAAGCUGCUUACAUGAAGAUUUUGGAUAGCUCUAGAACUUUACUUAAUGUCCUGAAGAAGGAAGUGGGAAGCUUAAAGCAUUCAGCAGAUCUGAAAACCAAUAUAACGUGAAACAGUCAAAUGUUUGGACUCUGCAGUGCUAAAAUUCCACUAGCAGGAGACUGGGAUCUGAGCCUCCUGUUUGCUGGGUAAGUGUGCUGCCAGGCUCACACAGGAUGUUGUUUCCUGUCCUGGUUGCUCUCCUAUGAACCGUCCUCAGGGAAUUGCUCAAUUUUUAUUAAGAACUUCCAGUUCUGUGUGUACUUGAUGUAGUCUGCAUGUCAGAUUGACCUUGGAGAGUUUAGGCAGAGGAUGGGCAUGUUUUUGGCUUUUGGUGAAUGCAAGAGAUUUGUUUCCUUGGACUAGGAAUUCUUCAGACCCGGAAGAUUAGGCAUCUUCAAAUUCCCAAAGAAUUGUACAUUUAAACAAUGGAGCAAACUGUAGUCUAAACCCAGGUGACUGGACCUUGGAUUGCUGUUUCAGAAUUGAGGAUCAGUUCCAUCUAGGCCUUGGGGUACAGUGUAUUCCACUCCAAAUGGAGUAAGUGGAUUAAGCUGAACUGGUAAUUCUGUAACAAGAACAUUCAGAAGUUUGCUAGCCAAAGGAUUAAAUGCCUACAGUUAAUUCAUCAUACAGAUGAGUCUUGUGCAGACGACCAAUAUCUAUUACUGCUUAGAUGAUUUUGCUGGUUAGGAGAGAUUUGAGUGAUAAGGUGUAGCUUUUGGCAGUUACCUUAACUUUGAGCAGAUCCUAGAUUCUUGGGGUUUUAUGCAAGAAGUAGACAAAACAGUUAUUUUUUUAUAAUUAAUUUUCUUUUUUAAUUUCUUCCUUUUCAGGAAUAAGCAAAGAAUUAUUAAUAAAUACUUUAGUGUUGAUUUAUUUGUUGUGUGCUGGUGGUUUUCUUAAUGGAUGAAUAGGCAAACUUUCUUAAAAUCAGAGUGCUCUUCUAGCUUUAAUGUAUGUGUGUGUUUUUAAAUAUAGAUGUAAAUAUUUUCUUUUUUGGGUGGAGGACAGGCUAGCCUUUGGUUUAAUUUGUGCACCAAUUGCUUUGUCAGUGUCUGUUGUUUUACAGGGGUGGAGUCAGGCACUGUGGCCACUUCUUCUUGGGUGUCCCAUGUCUUUUUUAAACUUGGGAUGGGUUUUUUGUUCUUUGCCCCUUAACUACUUAUAAAUCUGUCUGAUUUGAUUAGAUACCCUAGAGUAGUCCUUGAUGGUUGUCUACCUCAGUUGGUUUCAGAUGAAGUUUGGUUCACUGUCUAGCUGUAAAACCCAGCUACUUGCAUGUUAGGUUGAUCAAACAUGGAGAGGUUCAAGCUUGCAGAACAGGGAGCUGUAUGGUCAUUCAUAGCUCCAGCUUGUGGGGUUGUGUGAAAACCAGUGCACUGUUGUCAUGUGUAUUGACAACAAUAAGGUGUUAGUAGAACUGGGGCUAGUAGAACACUUCCAUCUUGUAGUGGUUUUGAAAAGUAGUUUUACAAGAUCUUGUGGGGUGGAAUACUUUGUAGGGUUUUUUACCUGUUUGUGCAAGACUAUGGAUAUGCUGCAGGAACUACUACAGAAAAUUUGGAUAUCUUAUUUAGCAGCACAAUGGAAAAUAACAGUCUAAAUUACAUGCAUUUUAUCAUAGCACACCCAUUGUGACCCAAUACAAAGCUUAUGAUACUUGUAAGUAUGCUUAAUUUGAAUGUCACAAAUGGGGAAAAUAUGACUUUUAGAAAAGAAUUCAUCCAUAUUAGAGGAAAACAAGCAUGUGUAGACAGAGAUCACGUUCAGGAAAAGGCAUUUGAAAAAAGUCCUGUCAGUCAUGCUCUGGAGGUGGGAUUGUGAUUCCACUACUUGUGAUGGGAGCUUUUUUCUCUUAACACCUCACUUCGGGGCCUGUGAAAUUUUGUGGGGUGGCUUCUCCUCUCAGCCUUAGACCACAGGAGUGUUAGAGACUAUAAAACAAAGAGGCUAAAAAAUUUUUAACACCUACUUUGAAAAAUGUUUAAAAUUAUGAAACCUGAUAGAUUGGUCACAGAGCAUUUUAAAGUUAAAUCUUCACAGGUCUUAUUUUUUGAGCUUCAUAUGUGUAGGUUCUCUUGCUUCAGUCAGAGCUCCCAUAAUUGCCUUGAGAUUUUCCAUUGAUAUGGGAUUUAUGGGAACACUUCUAGAAAAUUAUUUACCUCAUAGUCCAUGACAGAUUUGUAAUUUAUAUUUUUUUAAAAAACCAUAUAGUUGAUUUAGUUGAACACAGGAAAAAAAAUCAUAUUUCUUUCCUAAAGGCUUUCAAAUCUGUCUGUAUUCAGAAUUAGAUCAAAGGACUAUUUGUUGCUGUUAUAUGAUUAUUGAAAAGAUUCUGAUCAGGCAUGUCUGUCAGUUCCUGACACAAAAUCUCAUCAUAUUCUACAAGCUUGUACUUUCUUAAAACCUCUUUUUCCUUAUACAGUAAGAGCACUUUAAGUUGAAUUUCAGCAUGAGAGAGUUUGUUUUUUAUAUGUUUCUUAAUGUAGUUAGUAUUCAGGGAGGAAUCAUAUGCUGUCAGGUAUUUAAAACAAAAAACUGGCAGUAAUUCUUCAAUGGUUUUGCAGUUGUUCAGUAACAGAAAUCCUGCUAGACAUUUAUGCCGCUCACUGCCUUGUAGUGAGUGAGAUUAAUUGCUGUAACUCAUUAAUCCAAGGUGCUUUUUGUUAAAUACUGAGUCUUCCUCAAGAGUUGAUGCUAACAUGAGUGGAAUGGAUACUCCAUGCCAGGGAACAUGGGGUGGAAGAUGAGCUGCCUUUUUAGCAGAGACCAUCUGGAAAGAGAGGAGCAUCCUUGUUAGCCUUGCUGUAAGGUCCACCAAGCUGAAAGAAAGAAAGAAAACCCAGUCCAUGCUGUCAGUCACAAGGAAUGUGACACCCAGUUGCAGCCAGGUUAUCUUCAAAGGCAGGAGCUCAGGUACAGCUGGAAGCAGUGUAGCUGCUGCAGAGCUGGGCUCAGUGAGGGUUGUUUUGCCCUGCCAAGAAGCAGGUGGCCCUGUAGACACACUUAGGAAAUCUGGUACACUCUGGAGUCACUGAACUUGUUAGAAAAGUGUGACCUCUUCCUGUUCUUGAAACUCAGGGAAUUCUGCAUCUUAGUGACAUUUGACUUAGGGACAUGACUCCAUGAGAAGGAUAUUUAUUUAAAAUCCUGUACAUUUUAGUGCUUUUUCUCUGAAGCCUAAAGUGUUCUUGCUUUAGAUUCAGGUUGUUCAAGUUCAAAUACCUGUGACCAAAAAUACAGACACCCAAGUUCCACUGAAGCCCACAAGCCUGUAAGUUGUUGGUAUUCACUGUGUAGUACACAGAGUUCUUGGUUAAAUGCAGUCUUAAUCCUUCAGUCAAGCUGCAAACUUUGUGGCUCCUCUUAGUUUAAAUGAUUUGCAUGAAGUGUUGCUUGCUGGGUUUGGAAUGUGCUUUCGGUUUGCUGUUUGUUUGUUUUUUAAUGAAGUAUUCCAUUGAGGCCUCCCGUGGCACUCUGCCAUACCCAUUCAUGGUGUGCAUGUGAGAAUGUUUUCUUUGAGCAUGUCAGAAGGAAACUACCUGUACAGCAGCCAUUUAACUGAAACAAAAUUUGGUUUUAUGCCAUGCUGGUUUUGUUUUUAAAACUGUUUAGAAAUGAUGCAUCUAUAAAUAGAUAUAUUUACAUAGGAUAUAUAAACAAGUGCUUCCAAUGAACUGAUCACAUAGUACCUCACAGAGAAUGUUAAUAUCUUUAUCCCCUUGAUUGACAGUGACACUCAGUAGUAAUCUGCCCCAAAUAAGGGACAGAUCUGGGAAUAGAGGCUUUGCUUUUUCAGCCUUAAUUGAGUGCUCUGACUUGGACUGGUUCCCAGGGAUUCAUGUCCUGUUUGGUGUUUUGACAUAAACAGACAGGAUUAUGCAUUCUCAACCUGUGUGUUGGGGUAGGGAUAGAUAUAACUGAUUACAGGCACACUUUUUUUGCUGUUGCUUCCUCCACAUUGCAUGCAGCUUGAUGAUGAUGUUUAAAUGUGUUACUCCUUUCUCCAUAGAUAGACCCUGCAUGACAAGGUAUCCCAGCUCCUGAGCAGCCACUUUCACUUUCCAGAUUUUUUACUUUUAAGCCCCUGUUUUGGGACCUGUAGGAGGUGGGGCAGAGGAACAGAAAGAGCUUUUAAUGAUAGUUGUUAAUUAAUUACCUUUCAAAGCCUAACCUUUUUCAGGUACCUUGUCUUUACAGACUGUAUUAUUUUAUCAGGCUGCUUAUUACCUUAUACUAGUGCAUGAAAGACCACCGUGUUUUUUUAGGCAUGGAGGCUCCUGGAUGCUUAAAGAUAGUGGGAGGUCUGAAUUCUAGUCCAUGUUUAACAGCAUACAGAGCACAUACAACAGCAGCAGGCUGUGGGGCAGCCACAUUCCACCACAGCUUGUUUUGGGUUAAUGGAUUGAAGUAGCAUGGCAAGGGAGGAACUCUAGACAUCUGGAGAGAUGGGGCUCUUCCAUAGUGAAAAUAAGCUGGCUCUGUGAAUUCAGAUUAAGAACCUAGGACAGGUGGCCCCUCACAGCAGUAUUCAUACAUUCACAUGUCAUAUUAUAUAUAUGUGUGUGUGUAUAUACUCACACAUACAUUAAAAUGUAUAUGUAAAAAUACUCAGUAUUUUCAUAAGGAUGGAGUGCUCUUGGUAGAAAGCUGUCUAAUACUUCAGUGUUAUCUGCCAUUAGAAAAGACAAUUUAAACGGGUUGGACAUUAACAACUUGCAUGAGGCUGUGUACCCUGUUUUUUCAGUAGUCUUCACAGUCUUGCUUCCACAUAAGCCAUCAUUUGUAGCACCAUUCUCAUUUUCCUUCUGCAACACCUUUUGUUGCCUCUAUUUCCUAGCUCCUUGUUCACCAUGUGUUUAGUUACCCCAAGCUGCUGACCAGAAACGUGCUGCUCUUCUGACAUGUGGUGGGUCAGAGAUGCUUUCACUCUCUUGAUAUUGUCCAGACAUGUUCUGGCACACUUGGGAAAAUUGUUUGCAUGAUAAACAGAUUACAUUCAAUUUGACAGUGUCCUAAAAGUUAUGAUUGGAUUGGGGUGGUAAUAUUAUAUUCCAGAGAAAUGACAGACACCUGAUCUGAGUUUCAUCCUAAAAAAGGGAUGUAAGUCAAAGCAAUGGAUGGAUGAGAAUUUUCCUGAUAUGCCAUGGAGAUUAAAGAACAGAAGUUUAUUUUGUUUGCCAUUGAGUAUAAAUAGUACAGUCUUCUGCAGAUAAAGGUCUAUGUGAGAUAGCUGUAAUUUAAUUUGUAUUAAGGCUGUGUUCAGAGUGAUGUGAGUUUGUUUCAGAAAUGUUUGGUCUGUGUUUGAGAAAAGGUUAUAACUUGAAAUUAGAGGAAAAGGAAUAGAGUGCUGGAUCUUGCAGAUAAUGAUCUCAUUGAGGAAGCUGUUAUAGGUCAGCUGUGUCUUCUUCAAAGCUCUGAGUGUGAGCUGUAUUGCAAAUUAAUAAAGAUGUGCUAAGACAGAGUGGGGUAGCACAAUAAGGCUACUUGGAAAAAGUUACGUCAAGGCAUUGUAUGUAUUCAGCAAUUUUCUUUGCAAUCCUGCUCUAUUUUACAACCUAAUCUAUUCCCCACUAAGAUGUGCUAGAGAUAAACAUUGCAGAUGCCUUUGUGUGCAGAGAAGGAGAAGAAGCAAUUAAAAGUCUGCAUGCUGUGAAGUCUCUGGGUACCAACAGUGUCUGCACAGACCUUUACAAUGUUUUAGGGAACAGUUGCUUUUCCUGCUGUCUGGGGUGACCAGACACAAAUAGUUUUUGAACGAGGACAGUAACUCGGUUAUUUUCAUGCUGGCUGAAGUCCUGCUGGUUUGCAUAAAGGUUUCCAUUUUUAUUUACUGGUAGCAAAGUCUUGGUGACAAAGUGGUUCCUCCAGAUCAGACGCUGUUUUAUUAGAGUGCAUCAUUUCAUUUCUGACAAAGAGAGGGCAAACUUCUGAUAAUGUAGUGAAAGAACCUGGGGCAGGGCAGUAUCUGUAUUGGUCUCCAUCAAAGACAAGGAAAAGCACAAAAGAACAAAACUGUUUGCCAUGGUCUGAAUCAGACUGGGUUGCCUCCAAGAGUAGCAAGUGAGAGGGCUUUUCUUUCUUUUAACUUGCUUCCUCCUACAUCAUUAUUGGGCUGAGAAAAAAAAAUUCUUUUGAAUAAUAAUAAAUGGGAUAAUUGGCUUCAAGAAAAGCUAGUUCCACAUAGGAGGCAGCUAAAGGUGCUCCAUGGAACCUUUAUUUAUUUAUUUUUUGUCAACAAAUUUUCAUAAUGCAAAUUCUAAAAGAAGCUGCCAUUGUAAGGAAAAGAGGUCAUUGCAGACCUUUUAUACUUCAGUAACUUCACUCCUAUGUGCAGAUUCUUGGCUGCAAGUACUGCUUGUCCAAAACAUAGAUUUUUGGUCUCAGACUUGUUCAGUCUAAAAUUCCUUUUCUUAUUUUAGAUAAAUAUAAUAAAGCAGUAUAUGUUUUUACUUA